AUGAUUUAUUUAGGUUAUAAAUUAUAUAAUGAUGAUAGACGUAAGGAAGCAAUAAGAUUUUUCGAUGCUGCAUUAUUCAUUAAUUCAAAGCAUUUCGAUUCAUUAUAUUAUAAAUGUAUAUAAAUUAUAGAUAAAUGUAUUAGCCUUGUGUUUAAUGUAAUUCAUUAUGAUUAUAAUUUGAAUAUAUAUAAAUUAAGUAAUUAUAAUGAUACAUUGAUAUUGGUUGAUAAAAUCUUGUCUAUUAAUUCAAAGCAUAUCGAUUCAAUAUCGACAAAAUUUAAUCAUUCAUUUCAAAUAUAGGUUAAACAAUAUAUAAUCAGUUUACAAUAGUUAAAAUUAUUAUGCACAAUUGGUAAAUAUGAGGAAGGUCUUAAGAUUAUUGACCAAGCAUUGAAUUUUAUACCAAAUAGUUAUUUCCCUUUAUACGUAAAAGGUUUGUUAUAUUUAUAUAGGUGAUUGCUUACAAUCAUUAUAAAGAUAUGAAAAAGCAAUUAUUUAUUAUGAUAGGUCUAUUUAAAUCAAUCCAAAUUUUUUAAUACCCAAAAAUGGCAAGGGUAUUUAUAUUAAUUUAUAUCUCUAAAGUGUUAAAUUCUGAGUGAGAGAGAAAAAACUUUCAUAGAUUGCGAUUUAAGCUGGCUGAAGAUUGACUUCAUACUUCUUCUAUUUUGA